AUGGAGGGAAUAGUAGAGGGGGGCGGAUCGGGUGCGGGCAGAUACACGCUGCGGCCGGAAAGGCUGAGCAACGAGGACAUACUGUUCUGCAUAGACGUUGACCCAGAGUCGAUGGUGGAGAUGAAGGCGGCGAUGGGCCCGAACGGGCGACCCUUAACCCGAUUGGACUCGAUCAAGCAAGCCAUACUUCUCUUCAUCAACGCCAAGCUUACCAUCAAUCCGGAACACCGAUUUGCAUUCGCCACUCUCGGAAAGGCCGCGUCUUGGCUUCGAAGAGAGUUUAGCAGUGAAGUUGAGUCUGCUCAUGCUGCACUUCGGAUACUCUCAGCCAUUCCUUCUUCUGGUAAUGCAGAUCUUACGGGUUUAUUUCGAAUAGCAUCUCAUGAAGCAAAGAAAUCUCGCGCUCAAAACAGAAUUUUGAGGGUGGUUCUGAUCUACUGUAGAUCGUCCAUACGACCGCAAAAUAAUUGGCCGGUAAACCAGAAACUCUUCACUCUGGAUGUUGUUUACCUUCAUGACAAGCCUGGACCUGACAACUGCCCCCAGGAGGUCUAUGAUGCACUUGUGGAUUCCCUGGAACAUGUUAGCGAAUUCGAGGGAUACAUCUUAGAGAGUGGCCAGGGAUUAACACGAGUCCUCUUCCGUCACAUGUGUGUGCUGCUAUCGCACCCUCAGCAGCGAUGCCCGCAAGACCACCUGGACAUACCUAAGGCUCUCUCAAGACGGUUGCCGGCAGCAGACACAGUGAACGGUGAAGAUAGUGUAACUGUAUCCGGGGGCAAAUCCGAUCAUUAGA